CCAUAUUGGAUAUAAAAUAUGAAAUGAUAAUUAUAAUAUAGAAUUAUUGAUUAUUGUAAAGUGCGACACGCGCUGUGAUAGACUUGCCAUGAUUGGUUUACUCUAGUGUUAGCUUUUAUAUUUAAUUAUAUAGUCAUAGUAUAAAUAUGUUGUGAAUUUCGGUGUUAGGAUUUAUUACAGAUAAGAAGAUUACUAAAAUAGAUAUAAAAUGUCUGAACUGAAUGAUGUCGAAGACUUAACAGGGAAAAGACAAGACCCUACUUCUUUUUUGCCGGAGGAAGCAAUGUCAUAUGAAUUGAAACCAAAAAAGAAAAAGAAAAAAAAGAAACAUAAUCAGGAAGAUCCAUUCAAAGAUUUAGAAGAAGUAACUAAUCUACCAACAGAAAUAACCCUUGAUCCUGAGGUUAAUAUUAAAGUUGAGAAUAUUGAAGUUGAGUUGGAUUUUAAUGAUUUUACCAAUGACAAUGGACUUAUGCUUGAAGGUAUUCAAAGUGAAGAUAGUCAGGAACCAGUAGUCAAAUUGGAGCAACAGAACAGAGAAGCGGUAAUUCUAACAUUCGAAAAUGUAGUCAGUGAUAAAUCAGUGUUUAAUUAUAUCCAACCAAGUGAAACGAAGAUCUUAGGACCGACACAUAUGUGUAAAAUAUGUCAUUUAAUGUUUCAAUCAAUUCGUACGUUAAAAAUGCACCAAAAGAGAAAGCACAAAGUAUUUAGACGAUUAUUUGAACAUGUCUGCGAUAGUUGUGGAAUGGCUUAUGACCAGAAAAGCAGUCUAAUUGCACAUAUAAGAAGAAAACACGGCCCAAAUUCAUUACCUGAUGAUAGAGAGGAAAGAACUUGUGAUAUAUGUGCACUCGUCUUUAAAGGUAUGACAAGGUUACGUAUGCAUAUGCGAAGGAAGCAUGGAUCUUUCAAAGAUUCAUUCCAACAUGCAUGUAAAGAUUGUGGUCUUACAUAUGAUAAAUAUAGGAGUUUAAUUGUACAUAUGCGGAGGAAACAUAAUGUUGAUAAUCAACCUGUACCAGAGCAAUGGUAUAACUGUCCAUUUUGUCCUAAAGCUUUUACUAAACGUGAGACAUAUGCAAGACAUGUGCAAAGAAACCAUAACGAAGAUGAAGACAUGGAUAAUGACGAUAAAAUUUUAUUAAAAAAUGCCACAAAUGAAAAAACUGGUGAAGUCUCUUGUAAAGAGUGCCCUCUAGUGUUUUCUUCGUUAAACUAUCUUAAAUUACAUAUGAGAAGGAAACAUAAUGCUUUGAAAGAUAAUUUCAGACUCAAAUGUAAAUUUUGUAAUUUAUCAUACGAUAAAAUAGAGAGCUUAAAGCGUCAUGUUCGAAGGAAACACGAUAAAGGAUCGUAUUGUGAAGUGUGCAAUAAACAAUUUGAUACAAGAGAGUUGUAUUUGAAUCAUACUCAUGUAAAAAUGAUAAGGGAAUGCUCAAUUUGUGGUUUAAUAUUCGCCUCUAAAGCUGGUUUGGGCAAACAUUUACGAUGUACCCACAAAAUUGAUUCGCCUAAAACAAUAUUUUGUCACAUAUGUAAUACUGGAUUCCAUGACAAAAGGCAAUUGAAGCCACAUUUAAUGAAAGUGCAUUUAAAAGUAUCGUACACUUGUAUACAUUGCAGUAAAAUAUUUAAAUGCAAAGAGAGUUAUAGACGGCAUAUUUUAUUUAAACAUCCAAUUAAAAAUAUCAAUCAUAGUCAAUUACAAAAAUGUGAGCGUUGUUCAGAAUCUUUCACAGAUGAAUUAGAAUUGUCCAAACAUGUUAAUAUAGCACACGGACAAGAACCAAACAUGAAUGAAAUCGUUGUUAAAAAAGAGGAAAUUGAUAUUAAAGAAACAUUUCAAUGCUCAAAAUGUACGGAAACAUUUAUAACUUGGGAACUACUUAAGUUACAUUACGCACAAAAUCAUCAUAUAAUCAAAGAUACACAGUGUCAAGUUUGCGGUCAAAUAUUACCAGAUAAUGAACUACAAAAGCAUAUGAAAAUCAAACAUACAGAAAUAAUAACUUUACAAUGUAAUUAUUGUGAAUUUAAAACUAAAUCACGUGGUAGUUUAACACAACAUAUGUUAAGACAUAAAAAUGCUACGACGUUAAAUUGUGAAAUGGAAGGUUGCAGAUAUAAAACAUUCUACGAAGUAGCUAUGUUGAAACACAAACAGAAACAUACAGAACAAGGUGUUAAAUUACAAUGUUCCAAAUGUUCAUUUCAAACUAUGAAUAAAUAUAUAUUAAAAUAUCAUGAAGAAGCACAUUUAACGGGUAAAAAGAAAUAUGCAUGUGAUAAAUGUGAUUAUGCAACAAUAUUACCAGCAAAUUUGGUUCAACACAAAUAUAAGCAUUCAACGGAAAAGAAGUUUAAAUGUGAGGUUUGCCCGUUUGCAACUAAAUAUAAUACUUCGUUACGAUUUCAUGUUAAAAAGAAACAUUGUGAUCUCCCAUCUUUCAGUUAA